GAGGAUCACUCAUCAACCUCCUCCCUGGCUCCCUCCGCUUGAUUGCCGCCCGCUACCUCCUUUCUGUGCACCGGGCCCGUGCUCCGCUGAUGGCCGGCGGCAGUGAUAGGUCGUUCCGCUGCUCCGACCUCUGCUUCGUCGUUCUCGGUGUGAUGAACGCGCCGCUCGUGCGUGUCGCGGCCGUCGCCGCGAAAAGCCGGUACCGCCUCCGCAAUGGAGCAGGGCGGAAUCGUACUUUGGCUGCGCGAAUCUGGACCGAGUCCGCGUCGACGAGCCCCUCUCGGAUCCGCCCCGCUGUAGCGGGCCAACGCCACCGCAGCCAGAGCACGGUUGAAAUGGAGGAGAGCGUGAACGCCUGAACGGCCCCGGCCCGGGCCCGGUCCAUUGGCAGUGGCACGAGGCUGAUAAUCUGUGGCAUCCUCGUCCGGAGGGCUGCAAUGAAUUUCACGAUAAAAUCAGGGGGUCCACAGUUAAACAAAGGAUAUGCGAAAAGAUUCCCCCAUCCAACCAAUGGUGGUUUUGACCACGGCCUUCAUCACCUGCGCCAAAUUCCACUGCCGCUCCAUUGCAGCUGCGAAUUUACACCCCGUCUCGUCCUUUCCUCCCCCCGCUCGUGCUCCGCCGCCCCGCGGACAGCUGCUGCAGCAAAGAAUUUGCAAGGUCUCACUGCACUCUAUAGCUAUGGCUACCGCACAAGCCUCAGAAGCAGCAGCUAACAAAGGGUUGCCUUUGGGGAUGGAUGCAACAAUGGUCGAUGAGUAUGCCUCCCAGUCAAAGUUGCUGCAAGAAUUCGUUAAGAUUCCCAGUUUUGGCAAGGCUUGGAUCUUCAAUUCCAAGGAUGAAAACAAAUCCAGAGCAGUGGUUUCAAUCAGCCAAUCAGAUCUUUUGGGCAAUAAGAGGAGAAAGUUCCUUUUGAAUUCUCAUAUUUCAAAGAGUGCCUCAAAGUCCGUCGAUUUCCAGUGGUCUCCCUUCCCGACUGAAAUAAGUGGAGUGUCAGCAGUUAUUCCAUCGCCUUCUGGAGAAAAACUUCUUCUAGUACGAAAUUCUGAGGAUGAUUCCCCUACAAAACUAGAGAUUUGGGGCCCAUGUCAAUUAGAGAAUGAGAUACAUAUUGCAAAAUCUGUUCAUGGCUCACUCUAUACUGAUGAAUGGUUUGAAGGGAUAUCAUGGAACCAGGAUGAAACUUUCAUAGCUUAUGUUGCUGAGGAGCCUCCUCAACCAAAGCCAGUGUUCAAUGAUUACGGAUUCAAGAAGGAAGGCUCAUCUGAAAAGGACUGCAAGAGCUGGAAGGGACAAGGGGAUUGGGAGGAAACCUGGGGAGAAACCUAUUCGAAGAAAAGGAUACCUGCACUGUUUGUUGUCAACAUAUCCAGUGGCCAAGUUCGAUCUGUGAAGGGAAUACCUAGAUCAUUAAGUGUUGGCCAAGUGAUUUGGGCCCCAUCAUCUUCAUAUGGAUUGGUUUUUGUUGGAUGGUCAUCUGACAAUGGUUUCCAAGAGACUUCAAGGAAGCUUGGUAUUAAAUACUGCUACAACAGACCUUGUGCUCUGUUUGCUGCUCCUGAUCCUUUCAGAGAAGAAACUGAGAAACCAUCAACCGAGGGCAAUAAGGGUGAAACUACAACUAUGAUCAAAUUAACAGCACACCUGAGCAGUGCCUUCUUCCCACGGUUCAGUCCGGAUGGGAAGUAUCUUGUGUUCGUCUCAGCGAAGAGUGCUGUAGAUAGUGGAGCACACAAUGCCACAAAUUCAAUGCAUAGAAUUGAGUGGCCUGUAGAUGGGAAACUGGAUGGGAGCCUUGGUAUCGUUGAUGUGGUGCCCAUUGUGAUGUGCCCCAAAGAUAACUGUUUCCCUGGGCUGUACUGCUUUGGAUUGCUCAGGCAUCCGUGGCUUACUGAUGGACGGACUAUGAUUCUAUCUUCUGUUUGGGGUAGUAGGGAAGUAAUACUUUCAGUAAAUGUCGUGAGUUGUGAAGUUUUAAGAGUUAGUCCCCAGGAUUCAGAUUAUUCAUGGAAUGUUCUUGCACUUGACAAGAAUAACAUUCUUGCAGUUUCCAGUAGCCUUAUUACACUCCCUCAAAUAUACUAUGGAAUCAAGGUUUCUCAGACUGAAAGCCAUUGGGAGUGGCAGGAAGUUUCAACUCCUUUUCCAAAGCCAUCUGAUGAGAUAAGCUCCAUAUUAGCAGAGCAUAAGUUCAACAUACUCAAAAUCCCGAUUAGCAACCCUUCUGACAAACUAGCAAAUGGGGCUAAGCUGCCUUUUGAGGCUAUUUUUGUGUCACAUAAGGAUUCUGCAAGUAAUCCAACCAUUGUUGUUCUUCAUGGUGGACCACACUCAGUUUACCCGUCAAGUUAUUCCAAAUCUUUGGCUUUUCUUUUUUCGCAGGGAUAUAAUCUUCUUGUCGUGAACUACAGGGGUUCAUUAGGAUUUGGGGAAGAAGCACUCCAAUCCCUUCCUGGAAAUAUUGGUUCUCAGGAUGUCAACGAUGUAUUGACAGCUUUGGACUUUGUUUUAAAUAGAGAGCUAAUAGAUCCAUCUAGAGUCGCUGUAGUUGGAGGUUCACAUGGAGGUUUCUUGACAACUCAUUUGAUCGGCCAGGCUCCUGAUACAUUUGUUGCAGCAGCUGCUCGAAAUCCAGUAUGUAACUUACAAUUGAUGGUGGGUACCACUGACAUCCCUGAUUGGUGCUUUGUCGAGAUUUAUGGAAAAGAUGGGAAAAAGUACUUCUCAGAGUCUCCUUCAGUAGAUGAUCUUUGUCAAUUCCACCAGAAGUCACCAAUAUCACACAUUUCGAAGGUCAAAACACCUACGCUCUUUCUCCUUGGAGCGCAAGAUCUCAGGGUUCCUGUUUCUAAUGGCCUGCAGUAUGCAAGGGCUUUGAAGGAGAGGGGAAUUGAAUCCAAAACUAUUGUCUUCCCAGAAGAUAUCCACGGAAUCGACAAGCCUCAGUCUGAUUUCGAAAGCUUCCUCAACAUAGGGGUUUGGUUCAAGAAGCACAUGAGCAAAUAAACAUUAGUGCUCUCCUAUUACAUUCGUGAUAGAUGUACCUUUUCAUUGUCACUAAAUGAUUGUAAUUGGGUCAAAGCAUCUGACAGCAUGGUUCACUUUGCCAAUCCGAUGUUGCCAAGAUGGAAUAAUUCUUUAAGACACGAAGGUCGUGUCUGUUGUGGUGUGGAUUCUGGAAUACCAAACUUCUAACAGCUAAUUUAGAUCAUAAGCUUCUAAUAGUUAUUUUUACAAAUGAUGCUGAUGUGUUAAUGUGAAAAGGCGGUUGCAUUUGAAUUGGAA